GAGAUGGCAUCAUCAAGUAAGGCGAUAGGUUGACUAUUUGGGCAAUCAUGACACUAGCCGUGGAAAUUUCCACACAAGCAAAAGUCCAUCUCAGGAAGCACAGAUUCAUUCAAGAUUCCAGUUCAGCAGAGUCGUAAACUAUUGAUAUUCUGAAAACCAAGCACUGUCUAAAAGACGUACUUUUCAACGCGUUCAACAAACCGCUAUAUCUACAACUACAAGUUCUUCGCCUUCUCUGGUUCAUGGUCUUGCAUCCUCCAAAAGCUACUAUUUUUAUUGAGCAAACCGGUUUCAUAUCAAAUGGGGUUCAUUGAAAGAUUCCCAAGGCUUCUGGGGGGAAUAUGAGGUUCAUUUCUUUCCUUGUUUUGGUCUUAAGAAGAAUAUGAGAUUGUUUCUGUGAUUAUGACAUGAAAUGAGUGCUUUUGGGUCCACCCAAAUAGUUGGGUUCUUCAUUUUUUUGAUUGGAUCUCUCUGCUGUUCCUCUGCUGAUUUUUUUACCAUCUGAGUGGAAUUUUUCAAGUGGGUUAAAUAUGUAUGUGGUGGAAAGCAAAGGAGGUGCUAUAGCAUGCAUGCUGCUUGCCUUGAUCUUCUUGGGCACAUGGCCUGCUAUCCUCACUCUCCUGGAACGACGAGGCCGGCUUCCUCAGCAUACUUAUCUGGAUUAUUCAAUCACAAAUUUCUUGGCUGCUAUACUUAUUGCUUUAACAUUUGGUCAGAUAGGCAAUAGCACACCUGAGAUGCCAAAUUUUUUAACUCAACUUUCACAGGAUAAUUGGCCUUGUGUUUUGUUUGCAAUGACGGGCGGGGUGGUCCUCAGCCUCGGAAAUCUUUCCACACAGUAUGCUUGGGCUUUUGUUGGUUUGUCAGUGACAGAAGUGAUCACUUCAAGCAUCACCGUUGUCAUAGGCACAACCUUUAACUAUUUCUUAGAUGAUAAAAUUAAUAGAGCCGAUAUUCUUUUUCCUGGGGUCGGUUGCUUCUUGAUUGCUGUUUGUCUUGGCGCUGCUGUUCACUCAUCCAAUGCAGCUGAUAACAAAGUAAAACUUGACAGCUUGUCUAGUGAUCACAUAGAUGCAGCGAAGGUUUCCAAUACUUCCAUGAUCCCAAAUGAGGCUGCGUCGAAGGAUCUGGAGAAUGGAAAUGACCCUGCUCAGAAGGCCAAGGCUGGAACUGCAGGUUUUCUUGUACAGCUUGAGAACAGAAGAUCAAUUAAGGUUUUCGGGAGGAACACUUAUAUUGGAUUGGGAAUAACUUUCUUUGCCGGAGUUUGCUUCUCUCUCUUCUCGCCUGCAUUCAACUUGGCCACAAAUGACCAGUGGAACACUUUGAAGACAGGAGUUCCUCAUUUGGUUGUUUAUACUGCGUUUUUCUACUUCUCAUUAUCUUGCUUUGUCCUUGCCAUCAUUCUAAACAUCACCUUCCUUUACCACCCUGUACUUGGCUCACCCAAAACAUCCUUCCAAGCUUAUCUGAGAGAUUGGAAUGGUAGGGGCUGGGCCCUUUUGGCUGGUCUCCUAUGUGGAUUUGGCAAUGGUCUCCAGUUUAUGGGAGGUCAAGCUGCAGGAUAUGCAGCAGCUGAUGCAGUUCAGGCACUUCCACUGGUGAGCACUUUUUGGGGCAUCCUUCUGUUUGGAGAGUACCGAAAAUCAUCCCGAAGAACAUAUAUAUUGCUUUUCGGCAUGUUGUUUAUGUUUAUUACGGCUAUUGCAGUCCUUAUGGCAUCAUCAGGGCAUCGAAAGUGAAUAUUCAACUGCAAAGCCCUCGUCCGGUGAUAACGAAAAGGAACAAGAAGAAAAGAUUUGCUAAGUCCUUGUCUGGAAAUCGUGUAAAACAAGAAUUUAUAAAUAAUUGAUGAAAUAGUCGAGAGCAGCUGGUUGGUGAAGAUGCAUAAUGGCCUCAUGAGUCGUGAAGAUUAUUGAUUCUGCAGGUUCUUCCAAAUAUCCCAAAGACACCUAUUCCCUUU